CUGAGAUUAUAGGCCAGUACAACCAUGGAAUUUAAGUAUCAGUCUGGUUUUGGAAAUGAAUUUGCCUCUGAGGACUCCAGAUGUCCAGGAGCUUUACCAGAAGGCCAGAAUAAUCCUCAAAAAUGUGCUUAUGGUUUAUAUGCCGAGCAACUCUCAGGUGAUGCUUUUACUGCACCAAGGACCAACAAUCAAAGAAGCUGGCUGUAUAGAAUAAGACCAUCAGUUUUACAUGAACCAUUUGUCAAGUUUGAGAGAGGCAAUAUCACCCACAAUUGGGAUGAAGUUGAACCAAACCCAAAUCAGCUUAGAUGGCAACCAUUUGAUAUACCAAAGAAAGGUGCAGUUUCUGUAGAUUUCGUAGAGGGGCUGGCUACUGUUUGUGGUGCAGGAGAUCCUAAAUCCAGGAGUGGUAUUAGUAUUUAUAUCUAUGCUUGUAAUAGUUCUAUGGGUGAUAGGUGUCUAUAUAGUUCAGAUGGUGAUUUCUUGAUAGUUCCACAAGAAGGUGAAUUGUUAAUAACAACAGAGUUUGGUAAAAUGAAAGUUUCUCCGAAUGAAAUCUGUGUUAUUCAGAGAGGAAUGAGGUUUAAUAUUGGAGUGGAAGGUGAAACAAGAGGAUAUGUUCUGGAAGUUUUCAAUGAUCAUUUCCAGUUACCUAACUUGGGACCUAUUGGUGCUAAUGGAUUAGCUAAUCCUAGAGAUUUUCUGACGCCUGUGGCAUGGUAUGAAGAUAGAGAUGUCAAACACUAUCAAGUUAUUAAUAAAUAUCAUGGCUAUUUAUUUCAAGCUAGACAGAAUCAUUCACCUUUUGAUGUUGUGGCCUGGCAUGGUAAUUAUGCACCAUAUAAAUAUGAUUUAAAGAAUUUCAUGGUGAUUAAUGCUGUGGCUUUUGACCAUGCUGAUCCAUCUAUAUUUACAGUAUUGACAUGUCCAUCAGCUAAACCUGGUGUAGCUAUUGCUGAUUUUGUUAUAUUCCCACCAAGAUGGUCUGUACAAGAACAUAGUUUUAGACCACCAUAUUAUCAUAGAAACUGUAUGAGUGAGUUUAUGGGUCUUAUUCAUGGUAAAUAUGAAGCAAAAGAAGGGGGAUUCAAUCCAGGAGGCGCAAGUUUACAUAGUUUGAUGACACCACAUGGUCCGGAUGAGGAUUGUUUUGAAAAAGCCUCAAAUGCUGACUUAAAGCCUGAAUAUAUUGCUGGCGGCACAAUGGCAUUUAUGUUUGAAUCAUCAUUCAGUAUGGCAGUAACUAAAUGGGGAAAUGAAACAAAAGUUGAUAAAGACUAUUAUUUAUGCUGGCAACCUCUACAGAAACAUUUUGAUCCUAACUGGAAGGCUCCUGGAAGUGGCAAAGAUAAAGAACAGAAAACCUAUAGCUUUUAAUAACGCAAAGUUGAGAAUUCAACAUUCCGAGAUAUCUCGAGAAAACUAACUUUCACUUGGCAGCUAUCAGUGAACAGUUUUAUUAUACAUAUUAUUAUAUAUGAUUGUGCUAUUUUUAUAUUUUAAAGGCUUGAUCAUGAAAUUACUACAUGUCAUUGUAUGAUUAAUUGCUUUUUGUACUGAUUUCGUGAGAUGAUUUGGUGCAGGCCUAAAGUAAUUAUCAAGUUGUACAGAUUUCAUGAUCAAACUAUAUUGGUGGUUGAUAUAAUAAGUAUUAUAUAUACGAAUUGUAUUCAGUAUUAUAUAUGUGUCUGUGCCUUGUUUUUGAGAUUAUUGAUAUAUUUUUAGAACUAAACAUUUAUGGUUUGGUCAAAUAUAUAUAUUUUUCUAGUCAUGGUUAUAUAUAUAUAUAUUAUAUUUUAAGAAAAUAAAUCCUAUGGGAAAGAUUUUAUUUUAUUAAGUUAUCUCAUCAAUUGAAAUUUAUCAUAUAAAUUAUUACAUGUAGUGAUCAUCUGUUUACUUCAGCUUCUGUUUUGAAAACCAAUAAGAUUGUGACAUAAGAUUGUGACCUGUUUUGAAAACCAAUCAGAUUGUGACCUAUCUCUUUUUUUCUAAAAAAAAACUUGCAACAAUUAAAAGUACAGCUGGACACAAUUAUAUGGAUACCAAUUAUUUUAAAGUAAAGUAAGUAAAAGUGAUUAAAUAACCAAGUGAAUUGCUGUGCUAUUCUUUUAUUAUUGCUUGAUAAAAACGAGAUUACCAUUGUCAAAAUGUCAAAAGUUAUUCAUUAAAGUAAUUGGUAUCCAUAUUAUUCUGUCCAGUAAUUUAUCUUCCAAUUACUAAAUGCUUGAGGAAGUUAAUUCAAUAUAAAGGAAUUUAAUAUUCUUAAAAAAAUAAAGUAAACAGUGUUCAAUGUCACUUAUGAUAAAGGUGACCUUAACUUAUAAAAUAUCUUUUUCAUUUUUGUCAUGAUAUUACUUAUACUCAUAUUACUGUAAUGUUUGUAAUAAACAUAGCUAAAUAAUACUUACAAAGGACAAAUUAUAUUCAAAAAAUGAGUAGGAUGGGGGUAAUUUAAGGUAUAAAAAAAUUCAUGUUGGUUACACUUCUCUACUUCAUAUUUUUAAAAGGUCAUUUUGUGAUGCUUUGCACAUUUGAUACAAUAUUAUUUCCUAGUAGAACUUGCUCGCUCAAACCAAAUUUACCUAUAAUAUUUACCUUUUGUGGUAUUAGCAGUAUUAUUAUAAAAGCUUUAUGUUAUUGUGAAUGAUUUAUAUUUGUUAUGCUUUACUUAUUAGUAUUAUAGUAUAUUAUGACAUAUUAAAGGGUUUUAUAAGUGAA